AUGCAGAAAACUCGGGGGUUUAGUCAUCAUGCUAAAUGUAGGAAUCUGGCCUUGACUAACCUUGCAUUUGCUGAUGAUAUCCUCCUUUUCUGCAGGGGUGAUGUGAUAUCUAUUAAUUUGCUAAUGAAGGCCUUUAACAAGUUUUCAGAUUCUACAGGCCUAAUCUUUAAUCCAAGGAAGUGUAAAGUCUUUUUUGGUAGUGUUGAUGAUGACAGCAAGAAGAUAAUCAGGUGUGCAACUGGUUUUGAAGAAGGCAGAUUUCUUGUGAAGUACUUGGGUGUGCCUCUUAGUAGUAAGAGGUUAGGUAUAAUUCACUACUUGCCACUCAUUGAUAAGAUUACUGCUAGGAUUAGACAUUGGUCGUCCAAAUUAUUAAGCUAUGCAGGUAGGAUUCAAUUGAUAAAAAGUGUCAUUGGGGCAAUAACGCAGUAUUGGAUGUUAAAUUUCCCCCUCCCAAAGGCUGUGAUUAAGAGGAUUAAUUCUAUUUGUCGCAUUUCUGUGUGGACUGGGAAAACUGAUGUGAGCAGGAAAAGUCCAGUAGCUUGGAGCAAAGUUUGUAGCCUGAUCAAGCAAGGCGGACUGGGCCUAAUGAAUUUAACAAUUUGGAACAAAGUUACUCUCCUAAAGUGUCUUUGGAACAUCUGCAAGAAGAGCGAUAAUUUGUGGAUUCAAUGGAUUCACAAAGUGUAUCUUAAGGGCAGGGAUGUGAUGAAUGUGGAGAUAGGGAGUAAUUGUACCUGGAUUAUCAAGAAAAUUUUAAAGUGUAAGAAUCUUAUAGAUCCGAUCAGACAGCUUUGGAAAAGUAUGAGCAAUGAUGGUAAGUUUUCUAUGAGGAAGGUUUAUAAUUGCUUGGUGGAAGAUGUCAGUGUCCCCAUGGUUCCCUCUGUUGAUGCAUAA